AUGUCACGCGCCUCGGCCGGCUUUGCGGAUUUCUUCCCAACUGCCCCAUCAGUUCUGCAACAAAAGCGCGUCAAGGUUGGGGAUCGCCGAGGCAAAGGACCGGAUGGCGAGGUCGAGACGUCGGGGGCGCUCGCCCCGUCCGUCGCUACUGGCGGGGCAUCGUAUGAACCCGCUGGAGAACCUGUUCACGCAUCUUCGACCGCGGUGGUCGCGGAUUCAACGGGCUCCGAAAUCGACGGGGCUCUUCCACCGGCCAUUGCCCCCACCCAUCCGCUGCAGCUCGACACCUUGACGCCGCUGACCAAUGCAGAGUCAUCUCCGCCCGGCAAGGCGACCAGUCCGUCCAAGAUCGCAGAGCUUAAUUCUCCGGGCCAUGCUGUUCGUCCCAAUCCCGAGCACUCCAAAUCAUCGAUGACUCCCAUUCACACUCCCCCGACUCCCCAGUCUCAAACCCGCGCGGGACAUCCGGUCAAGGGCUGUAAGGCGGUAUAUGACCCUGACCUGGACAAGCGGGCGUCCAAAGAAAAGCGUCGCAAGCCUGAAUACGUGGACAUCCUGUUGAAUGGUCAAGUCGGCCCUCCCGACCCGCGUUUAGCCAUUGCCAACUACACGCGAGGAUCGGCCUGCAAGCAAAAGACCAAGUACCGACCAGCUCCCUAUGCUCUGAAGCAAUGGCCGUAUGAUGCAGCCACCAGCAUCGGUCCCGGGCCUCCGGUCCAGGUGGUCGUCACAGGCUUUGAUCCUCUCACCCCGAUCGCCCCCAUCAGUGCUCUUUUCUCCAGCUUCGGUGAUAUAUUAGAGAUGAAUAAUCGCACAGAUCCCAUAACGGGCCGUUUUCUUGGUAUCUGCUCGGUCAAAUACAAAGACACCGCCUCAUUUCGUGGAACUGGCCCGGUCUCGGCACCCACUGCUGCCAGACGAGCCUAUUUCGAGUGCAGGAAAGAGCAGCGCAUCGGAACCCGCAGGAUCAGAGUGGAACUGGAUCGUGACGGAGUUGUAUCGGAACGAAUGACCUCAAGAGCGAUCGAGUCCCAGAGGGUGGCCUCCAAGGCCGUUGCAGCCGCUGCGGAGUCCAAGCCAGAUCUCCAGUCGAAAAGAAAUGAGCCACCCCCUACUGCGCCCAAAGGUCCCUCAGGAAGAUCGGCCCUACGACCUGGACUCGUCGUCCCGGAGGGGCCUCGAGCAAAUCUUCGGUCACCGUCCGUACAAUCGUUGGUCGAAGAAACGCCCAUCCUGAGUCAAAUCAAGCGUGAUCCCUACAUCUUCAUCGCCCACUGCUAUGUGCCGGUGCUCGGUACGACAAUCCCGCAUCUCCGGAAAAGACUCAAGCUAUUCGGCUACAAAACGAUCCGUUGUGACAUCACAGGCUACUACAUCGUUUUCGAGAAUUCUAGGCGAGGUGAGGAGGAAACGGAACGAUGCUACCGACUGUGCCAUAUGCAGCCGCUCUUCACCUAUAUCAUGAAUAUGGAGAGCCAUCCCUACGGGAAUCCCAACUACGUGCGCAGUCCGAGCCCGGAGCGUCUGCGAGCGGAGCAACGGGAAAAGGCCCAGCAGGAGAGGGCGAGAAAAGAGGCUGAGCUGGAUGUCGAAGAAGAAAAGAAACAGCGCGCAAUUAACCUGGAUCCUUGCCGGGAGGUGUUAUCCAUCAUUAUUCGUGACCUGAGAGACAAGCUGCUCGAGGAUGUGAAGUCUCGAAUUGCUGCGCCCGCUCUAUACGACUAUCUUGACCCGAGCAAGCAUGCGGACAGGCGAGAACGAUUAGGGAUUCCCGGCCCCGAGGGUACCAGACGGUCCACGUUUCGAAUCGAGACAGACAGCACAUUGGGCACGCCGGAUUCUCGCUCUGGACUUUCCAACGGUUUAGAUCCGCUUCGGUCGUCGAAUCUCAACAUCCUUGCGCUUCCACGCAUCCGCAAAGCUCACGGUUUGGGUCGUGCAGGGGCAGCCUUUGUGGACGAGCGACGUCGCCAACCAUCACGAAAAAGAGAGGUUCGCCCCCUCUACCAUCGCUUGCAGCAAUUGCACGAUGACGAGGAUUCAGAUGAUGAACAACGGACCCCCGUUACCGAAGAGAGAAGCAGCCGCCCACCAAGUCGCGCAAGUUCUGAGUCAUCGGAGUCUGAUCAAGACGAGGAAUAUCAGUCAGACAUAUUGGAAUACGAUGAGGAACGUGACACCCAAGUUACAGGCGGCAAGGAGACCGACGGUCUUGUCCAUGAUGUUGAAAGCCUGUCCCCCCGAUCUGGCAAGAGAAAGCGCUUGGCUGGUGAACUUAGCUCUCGGAAGAGGCUGAGGCAGGAUGAUGAGCUCUUCGGAAUCGAGCCCACCGAAGAGAUGGCAGGGGAGCAACCUGAAACUUUGUCGACCGUCGAUGCUAGACUUGGCCAAGAGGAAGCGACAAGUGAAUUGAGGGGAGAGCAGGAUUCUGACCUGGUCCUGACCAAAGACUCCCUGCCAGACGAUCUCUCCUUUGGUGAACCGUGGAAGACCGGGACCGAGAAGCACAAAACAGAGAUCGACUGGGGAGUGUCCACGGAUAAGCCGCGCGCGACUGUGGAGGAUGACGAAACGAUCAUUCUGGAUUUGGAUGGUUGGCAACACCUGGUCAAGGAUGACGAAGAUAUGCGCUACCUGCGGGAGAUUUUGCUCGAGCAGGCUGCGUCCGUUGUUGGUAACAUUGCUGCAUGGGCAUGGCGGCAAAAGGAGAUCAAAGCCCUAAAUCAAAUGGAAGCGAGAGGACCGACGCACGACGCGAUUGGUAUCACUGGCUACUAUGUAUCCAAUAUCUCGGGCGCUGCACGAACCGAGGGGCGAAAGAGGAUUCUCAAUUCUGAAAAGUCGAAAUACCUGCCUCAUCGGAUCAAGGUCCAGAAAGCUCGCGAGGAACGUGAGGCCAAGGCCAAGGAUGAUCCCCAGGCUGCUGCAGCCGAGGCUGCAAGAAUUGCUGCUGCAAAGACAAUAUCCAAGUCGACUUCACGAUCAACUCGAGUCAACAACAGGCGGCUCAUCGCCGACAUCAAUGCACAGAAGCAGGCUCUUCCAACGGCUAGUGGAGAGGGCGAUGCGCUUCGGUUCAAUCAGCUUAAGAAGCGAAAGAAACCCGUCCGGUUUGCCCGGUCUGCUAUUCACAACUGGGGACUGUACGCCGAGGAGAAUAUUACUGCCAACGACAUGAUUAUCGAAUACGUUGGCGAGAAAGUACGCCAGCAGGUUGCCGACAUGCGAGAAAGACGGUAUCUCAAGAGCGGCAUUGGUAGCAGCUAUCUGUUCCGAAUUGAUGAAAACACCGUGAUCGACGCCACGAAGAGGGGUGGCAUUGCACGGUUUAUCAACCACAGUUGCACACCCAACUGUACCGCCAAGAUCAUCAAGGUAGAUGGCAGCAAACGCAUCGUGAUUUACGCACUCAGAGACAUCGAAAGAGACGAGGAGCUCACGUACGAUUACAAAUUUGAAAGAGAAUGGGACAGCGAUGACCGCAUCCCCUGCCUCUGCGGUUCGAUUGGCUGCAAAGGAUUCCUCAACUAA